GGUGCCCUUCCAGCAAAUACACGGCUCCCCCAGAGCUUGCGCAGAGCUGCCUCAGCCUGUAUCUGUGUGCUGGCAAACGCUCUGAAGGAGACAGCUGUGCACACGUCGUGCAGCUGGGCUAAAAUCCCCGCUAGUGGGCCCUGUUGUUCGUGUCAGGGCUGUGCCGAAAGAGCGUGGGGCUGCAUCCUUAUGUGGAGUUUUAAAACAAAACCGCGCACCGAGCGCUCCUCCCCCAUCCUCCACCGCCCCGCCCUAAGAUGGCGCCCGCGCCCCGCCCUAAGAUGGCGGCCGUCGGCCGGAAGUAGUCCUAAGCCGACUUCCGGUGUCGGCCGUGAGCCAUGGCGGCGACGCGGCUGGAGCUGAAUCUGGUGCGGCUGCUGAGCCGGUGCGAGGCGCUGGCGGCGGAGCGGCGGGAUCCCGAGGAGUGGCGACUGGAGAAGUACGUGGCCGCCCUUGAAGACAUGCUCCGGGAGCUGAAGAAGCAGUCCAGCAAGCCUGCCCCAGAACUGCUCAAUGAAUACACACGUAAAGUAGACUUUCUAAAGGGACUUCUAGAAGCUGAAAAAUUGUCAUCAUCAACUGAAAAGGCGCUGGCAAAUCAGUUCUUGGCCCCUGGACGUACUCCUACAACAGUCAAGGAGAGAACCCCAGCUACCAAAACGGUUCAUCUGCAGACAAAGGCUCGUUGCACAGGCAAGAUGAGGAGUGAGCUGCUUGGUACAGAUCCCUUGGCUAGCAGUGAUUCUGAGGAGCUGAACAUAAGGAAGCGGAAAGGCCUUGCAUCUGAUGAGAAGCAAUCAGCUGUCGAGCUGGAUGCUGUGCUACAGCACCAUCAAGACAUGCAGGAGAAGUUAGCAGAAGAAAUGCUGAGUUUGGCUCGCAGUCUCAAAAAUAACACUCUGGCUGCACAGAAUGUGAUAAAACAAGAUAACCAGACGCUGUCACACUCUCUGCGGAUGGCAGACCAGAACUUCGAGAAGCUGAAGGACGAAUCUGACCGCCUUGAGCAGCAUGCAAAGAAAUCCGUCAACUGGCUGUUGUGGAUCAUGUUAAUUGUCGUUUGUUUUAUAUUCAUUGGCAUGAUUCUCUUCAUCAGAAUUUUCCCCAAACUAAAAUGAUUUUUUUUUUAACUGCUGGUGUGGUAACUGUCAGGAAUAAUCCUUAUCAGCUGUCGUGUCCUGACGGCGGCUGCCCGAAGCCUGCCCUCGCGUCUUUUCCGUGCAGUUGAUGAAUUCCAUGAGGGGUUUCAUGGGGAGCAUUUCUGGGUACUUUGUUGCGUGUUUUUCCUGAGUUAACAUCAUUGCCUAUUGAGGGCAGAACAGGGUUAAAGAUAGCAGCUCACACCGAGCUCCUGAAAAAUUCCUCAGCGGAUGGAUGCAGCCCUGUGUUUUUGAUGUGGCUGUGGCAGGCGUUAUGACUUCUAAAAGGAAUUACUCAAUAGGGAUAUAAAUAAUGCUCCUCUGAAGUCUUAAUUUUUUUUCUUUAACAGCUUUACUGUGCUGAGCUAGGAUCUUGCUGCCAACAGGAUAUUUAAUUACAAGGUUGUGUACAUAUACAGCUGUAGGGUGUAGGAAAAGAACGCUGCUAUUGAGUUGCUGUCCUGGCUUGGAUUCAGAGAGUGUCGACAGGUAAAGUUAUUCUCAGGCUCCCCUUCUCCUCAGAGGAAUGUUUGUUUUCGCAGAGUUCUUCAGUUUGCUGUUACUAUGGGAGGGUGAAGUUGCGUACCGUUGCAGUGUUUGCUUCCCUUUUUUAUGCCCUGCUGUCCUGACUCACUCAUUGUCAGUUACGUUUUGCUCUUGCAUAAGAAAACGCAGUGGGCCUGGCACUUGGAGCUGUGUGCACAGGACGCUCCGUGCGGGAUAGAGCUCACCUGCACAAAUGUUUGAAGGAAGCUGCUGUUCUCAGGACAGAAAUAGAGAGAAGAUAGGAAAAAAAAAAAAAUCAGCCAUUACCUUUUGAGACAGCUUCUGUGGUCGGCAGUUUCCUUGUCAAACUAGGAUUCCGAAGAGAUAACUGUAAUAAAACUAGAGAGAACUUCUUGAAAACUGUUACUGCUGGGGGAAAAAAAAAAAGCCUGCAGUGAAG